AUGGCCAAACUCAACAUUCUGCAAUCAUCUACCAAAAUCUACAACGAACAGACACACAGUUUGUCCGCAUAUUUUCGGGGUACCUUUUCCAACUUCAAUCCUGACGUUGUCGAACUCAAUAAGGUCGGCAUUACUUACGAGUAUGGGGAUCAUUACUUUGUCCUAGUUCAGUUACCACAUCCCCAAACCAGCGAGCUGAUCUUCCAAUGCGGGUUCUUGAACCGCGCAUAUGUUGGACCAUAUCUCGUCUACGAGUGGAAUUCGCUUGUUAAGGAACAGAUCGGGGAGUGGGGGGCCGCUGUUUAUGACGACGACGGGAGGUGGGAUGUUCACAGUAGUAUGUUGCAGUUCAUGCGUUAUCUUUGUGGUGAAGUAGCAAAGGGCCUUCAAUAUCAAGAGUUUUUGUAUACGCUGAAACGGGGUACGAAGUUGGGUGCAGAGAAAGUGAAAGCACAACUCUUAGAGAGAUUUAUGAUAGUAUUUGGAAGGGUGGAGUCAGACAUCAAAAUGAAAGAGGAAGAAACGGGUAAAGAGGCGGACAAGUUUAUGAUGGAGUUCAUGGUGUUUGAGACAUGA